AUGGUGAAUCUAUUAUCUCGUCUCUUACUUUUUUUGCUAUCAUUGCAUUGUUUUGUGGCUUGCUUAGCUGCGAAUACAAAAAACAUCACAACAGAUCAAUCUGCACUUCUAGCAUUCAAAUCACUAAUUACUUCAGACCCCUAUGAUAUGCUGGCUAAUAAUUGGUCAACCUCCUCUUCUGUAUGCAGUUGGGUUGGUGUCACUUGUGAUGAGCGACACGAAAGAGUCCAUAGUUUGAUUCUCCAAAACAUGAGUCUUAAAGGUACCGUUUCCCCAAACUUGGGGAAUCUGUCUUUUCUUGUUAUACUUGACCUCAAAAAUAAUAGCUUCGGUGGUCAGUUUCCUACAGAGGUAUGUCUCUUGCGCCGAUUAAAGGUUCUUCAUAUCAACUAUAACAAGUUUGAAGGGGGAAUUCCUGCAGCGUUGGGGGACUUAUCACAACUUCAAUAUUUGUAUCUUGGUGCUAACAAUUUCAGUGGUUUUAUUCCUCAAUCUAUUGGUAACCUUUAUCAGUUGAAAAAAUUGGAUACUGCUCAGAACAGAUUGUCUGGACCCAUACCUCAAUCAAUUUCAAAUUUGUCCUCACUUGAAUAUAUCGAUUUAUCAUCCAAUUACUUUUCAGGUGAAAUUCCAAAAUGGAUAUUGGGUGAUCUUACACAGCUAAUAUCAUUGUCCCUUAUGGAUAACCAGCUUUCAGGUGAAAUUCCAAAGGGGAUAUUGGGUCAUCUUACACAGCUUAAAACAUUGUACCUUGGUAGUAACCAGCUUUCAGGUAAGAUUUUUUCAUUGACAACAUUGUCUGUUUAUUAUACUGGUUUCUCUAUAGUAGUAUAUGUUUAA